AGUAAAGGAAAAGAAAAGCCACGCAAUUUUAUAUUCAAGAAAGAAAAGAAAAGGGAAACACGUCUUCUCCUCUCACCCUCUUCGUCGCCCCUCCCUCUCGUAUGGUACUCCAAUCGACUUCUCCGACAAACCUUGUUGACAGCAGCAUCUCAAACGAUGGCGAUGAGACCACCCCCUUUCGACGGUAAGUAGCGACCAAAAAUAAUUUUAGGGCGAGGGAACAACAUUUGACAAUGACCCAUACCACGGAAGACCUCAUAUUUGAAUACCCAUGGCCUAAGGUGUUCGAUCUAUAGUUUCAAUCCUUUUUGGACAUCAACUAAAGAAGAUUGAAGCCUUUUUGGUAAGAUUUCCUGAGUUUUGGAACUUUAAUUUUAUUUUGAGUUGGAUAUAAGUGUUUGAAUUAGGUUAUAAAUGUUUAGAAUUUUUAUGUUGCCAUGUUCGGAGUCAUUUUGGAUACUUGAAAAAGUCUUGGUUAGUUCUAGAAGUGGAGCGAAGAAGACAUAGACAAGAUCUCAAAACGAGUAAGCUAUAUUUCUCUAGAACAUUGAAAGAUCAAGAAAAUUAUGGAAGUCUUAGAUACUUUUUGAUGUGGGUAUUCUUAAUCCUUUUGUUUCUAACAUUUUCAUGGGAUUGGUGGUGUAUUUUCAUAAGCAUUGGAAUAGUUAAAAUGGAAGAAGAGAAAAGGACAAAAAAAAAAAAGAAAUGAGCAAAAUUUGGUGGAUAGGAGAAAGAAAGAAGAAGAUGAAUACUGGAUAAGGUAAGAUAUUUCUUUAAUUAAAAUAGUUGAUGUGAAAGACUUGAUACCCUUUAGAAGUACAAUUACUUUAAAGAUUGAGAGGAGUUAGUGAACAAAUGAAAAAUAUAUGAAUUAUAUGAUGGAGAGCAGAAAUACCAAGUUUCAUAUGGAGGAAAAUUUAUAGUUUGAAAGACUCUUUUGACAUAAAAAAAUGGUAUAUUAAGGUGUAAAGGAGUUAGUAGGGAGAAAAUGGUGGUGAGAUCUGUUUGGUUUAUGUUUGAAGCCAUAGGAACCAUGGUUAAUAACUGAUAAAUAGGUGAAAAUCUAGGGUUGAUGCUAAAUAAGUGAAGGAUAUGUUAUGAUUGGGGACUCAAAGUUCAUAUACACCCUUGGCUAAAUAACUGUUUCAGGCCAAUCGAAGAUCGGAGUAGCUUAUGACCCGAGCUUCUUCAUCUGUAAUACGAAGAAGAAGGAAAAAAACAAGUGAAGGAGGUUGUGGAAAGGUGUGAAUAAUGGCGAACAACCCUAUCUGUUGUCCACCGUCAAAAUUGAUAGAGAGAAAUGGAAGAAGGGAAAUGAAAGCUCUAUUCUCAACGCUCAAUUCUCUUCUCCCCAAUCAAAACUCAGGGGAAGCAAGAACGGUACCGGAUCAGCUUGAAGAAGCCACAAAUUACAUAAAAGAAUUACAGAACAACAUUGAGAGAUUGAAAGAAAAGAAAGAGAAGCUGAAGCAGAAGCAGAAGGUAAAGGGAAAAUAUAAAAUGGGCGUAGAAGAAGAUGAAAAAAGAAGAAAAUGUAAGCAUGAAAUAGAACCAAAUCUUUUGCUGCAAGUUAAAGCUCAUCGAGUGGGUUCUUCAGUGGAAGUGUUUUUGACCACUGGAAUAUCGGAUUAUCACUUUAUACUUCAACAAAUCAUUCGCCUUCUCCAACAUAAUGGAGCUCACAUCCUCAAUCUCAAUCAAUCCAUCUUACAACAUCGGGCUUUUCACAAGAUUACAGCUCAGGUGGAUGGAGAAGGAAUGGUCCCGGAAGAUGGUGAAAGGAUUUGUGAGACAGUGAAGAACUUUGUUUCACAGUACAAAGAUGGACAAUGCAGCCUUAAAUAAUAUUUCGACUACAACAUUUGUGCUGUUCGUGAAGAUUUAUGAUGUCUUUUCACUUCUCUUUCGUUGAUGAUGCGCAUUUAAUUCACUAAUUUUGGAUAUUAAUCCUUUUGCAUGACAUUUUUCCGUAGAAAUGGGACGUUGGAUCUUCUAUUUGUGUAAUUGUUGAACUAAAAAGAUAUGUACUUAUUUUUUAUCUAAGGAAGACUUUGACUUUUUCUUUACAUCAAA